AUGCUUCAUAUCACGCUCUCCCUCACGCUUCACCCCACGCUCCCCCACACGCUUCACAUCACGCUCUCCCUCACGCUGUCCCUCUCGCUCUCCCUCACGCUCUCCCUCUCGCUCUCCCUCACGCUCUCCCUCACGCUCUCCCACACGCUCAGCCUCACGCUCUCCCUCCUGCCUGCCCUCACGCCUGCCUUCACGCCUGCCCUCAAGCCCUCCCUCACGCCUGCCCUCACGCUCCCCAUCACGCUCAUCCCCACGCUCAUGCCCUUUCUCUGGCAGUUGCUCCUUGUCAUCUACAUCUUCAACAAGUCCUGUUGCACCAGCGGGGUCCUGUCUUUCUUUUUUCUUUUUCUUGGCUCCAGCGAGGGUACCUACAACACGCAUGAAGGACGAUACGCUCAGUUAAUAGGAGGGCAGCACCUCUCUGGAUUGGCUUUCGACCAUUCCUCCGCCCGCGUGAACCGCCGCGUCUAA